CGCUCAACCAAUUUCUCCGUCUGUUCUGUAGUCUAGACACUACAGACUACAGUCUAGUGAGCCUCUUUUUACUUUCAUCCACUUCUUCUUCAUCUCCUUCCCCAACUUUACCUUCUCUGACAUCCAUACCCGUACCCUUAUCUCAAGUUCAGAACCACUCAUUCAAUCACUCACUCCACUCCUCAAUCAAUCUUUCCCCUCUUCCGAUCAUCAACUCUCUCUUCUUCACAACACCCACAUUCACCCACCAGCCACCAGCGAGAGCAAGCUCAACUUCCAGACGAUGAAGAACUUCACAUUCCUCUCCCACUCUGCUCCUCUACUUCUUCUACUCCUCCUCUUCUCCGUUUCAGCUACCUUGGUCGAUUCAAUUGGGAUCAACUACGGCCAAAUCGCCAACAACCUCCCAAAACCAGAGGACGCAGUCCCACUCAUCAAAGCCCUCGGAGCCACAAAAGUCAAGCUCUACGAUGCCAGCCCACCGGUCCUCCGAGCUUUCGCCCACACCGGCGUCGAGUUCGUCGUCGGCCUGGGAAACGAGUACAUGUCCCAGAUGCGAGAUCCCGACAAUGCCCGCACCUGGGUCAAGACCAACGUCCAGUGCUACCUCCCCGCCACCAAAAUCACCUGCAUCACCGUCGGCAACGAGGUCCUCACCAUGACCGACGAAUCCUACAUCCCCCACCUCAUCCCCGCCCUCUACUCCAUCCACGCCGCCGUCGUCUCCCUCGGCCUCCAGAACCAGGUCACCGUCACAACCCCUCACUCCCUCGCCAUCCUCCAAACCUCCUACCCACCUUCCUCCGGCGUGUUCCGCCGAGAUCUCACCGGCUGCCUCACCCAGAUCCUCAAUUUCAACGCCAACACCUCUUCCCCCUUUUUAAUCAACGCCUACCCUUACUUCGCCUACAAGGCCAGCCCCAAGCAGGUCUCUCUCGAUUUCGUUCUGUUCCAGCCCAAUCAGGGCGUGGUCGACCCUGCCACCAAUCUCCACUACGACAACAUGCUUUUCGCCCAAAUCGACGCCGUCCACUACGCCCUUGCCGGGCUAGGGUUCAAGGACAUGCCGGUUCAUAUCUCGGAGACCGGGUGGCCUUCUAAAGGCGACGCCGACGAACCCGGGGCGAGUUUGGAGAACGCCAAGAAGUACAACAGCAACCUAAUCAAGACCAUCUGCCAGAGGAAGGGCACACCGGUGAAGCCCAAUAUGGACUUGAACAUUUACGUGUUCGCGUUGUUUAACGAGAACAUGAAGUCCGGCCCAACUUCCGAGCGGAAUUACGGCCUGUUUAAGCCCGAUAGGACACCGGUUUACGACAUGGGGAUUGACCUGUCGUCGAUUGGCAGCAGCGGUGGUGGCGGAAACAAGAGCAGUCCCGCCGCCGGAGGAGGAGGAAGCAGCAGCUCGGGGAAUCAACCUUCGGCGCCGGACAACGGUCCAAAUGGGUACUUGGCGAUUACGAGUGGGACGACAAUGGUGACCAGCUUGUCAUCGCUGUCGUUCACACUGUGGGGAGGAAUAUUGUUAUUUGCUGCUGGCCUUGCGUCGGCGUGAGGCGGCUGAAUUGCUGUGUUUCCAUCUCCAUCUUUUCUCUUUUUUCUUUUGGAGAGUACGGCGGAAGGAAAUUGGAGAGCUGGGUAGUGGGAACUGAACUUGGAUUUGUUUAGGGUUUGGUGCAAGAUUUGGUCAUGUGGGCAUGUGCGGCAAUGUCGCAGUACCAAGAUCCUUCCAGUCGCUCUGCGGAAAAGAAGAGAUACUGUUGUUUGAUUGUCGUUUUAGCCACGCUCUGCCUGCCUCGAUGUCAUCACAUCAUCACUGUUAUUCUUUGUCAGAUUAAUUUAUAAUAAUGGAUGUCAUCGUAUCAGACGAUUUCAGUUUAUAUGAAACCACGAUUAACGGCUAUAAUUGACGGUGGAAAGAAAGAAAGAAAGAAAGAAAGGAAGAGGGGGAGAGCUGAAAGUUUCAUUUUUUUGCCUUUGCUUGUGCGCAGCAAACAGCUAAAGAAUCUACAGUAAGAAAAGCAUCCUUCCUUGUUUGGUUAUCCUCGAUUCAAUUGGGCAAUUCCUCUCUCAGAGACAACUGUUAGAGCAUCUAAUUCUGUAGAAUAUUUAGAGGGACGUUUGUUCCACCUAUAUACUGGUGGUCCGUCCAGCUAAGCUAAGCUUGGCAAGCAAUAAUGGAGUCCUACAUUU